GUCGUUAUAUUCGUCAUUCGAUCUUCUGUUAUCAACAGCGCUAUUAUUUGUUCUUAUCCAUGUAUUGUCGGUAACGUAGAACGUAAUGUUUUAAUGAUAAAGGAGAAAAAAAUAAGUUUGUUGCGCGCGCUUGUCAGAUCUAUAUUAUAUUUUUUCUAUGCUCUUUGAUAACAGACGCUGCUAUAUCAUUCAAUUUAUCUGAAUUUAUUAGAGAGUUUACGUAUUUCUUUAAUCGUGUCAAACGCUUAUCUUACUAAUUAUAUCUUUCAGAUCUUUUCAUCGAUAUAAUGAACGUCAUCGUUUCUAAAUAUUUUUAUUUCGAUUUAUUAGACGAUUAUAUUCUAUAGCAGUUGUUUCAUAUAGUUAUCUUGUCCUUAUAAAUAUAUUCGUAUAUAAUUCAUUCUUUUUUUUUUUUCUUUUCCCUAUAAUUUCGUUCUAUGAUCACAUUCCUUUAGCAUACGUAUUUCUAUACGUAGAUCGUACACCUGAUACGUUUUUUUAAAUUAACGUAACCUUUUUAAAAUGGAGAGGAAUAAAUCAGAAAGUAAGCAUACAGCACAGUCUCUGUAUAAAGCGGAGGGAAUAUUGGAUCCGGAAACACGUUUGAAAAUACUCUCUGAGAAAGCUUCUAGAGUGAAAAUAAAUCACAACAUUCCACCUCAUAGAUAUUAUCGUUCUGGAAUACAAAUGAUCACACAAGCUGAUGUAUAUGUCAAUGAGGGCAACUAUGAAGAAGCAUAUCAUUUAUAUCUAAAGUUUAUAACGCUUUUUGUAGAAAAAAUGCAGCAUCAUCAGAUGUAUCAUAUGGUAACAGCAAAAGAUAAAGCGAUGAAUAAGCAAAAAUUGCGGGAAGUUAUUCCAAAAGCAGAGGAAUUAAAGAAACAAUUAUUGAAACAGUAUCAAGCUUUAUUAGAUAAAUAUUUGGAAGAUGUGAAAAAAGCUGAAAAAGCAGAUGCAGAGAGAUUAAAACAAGAAGAAGAGCAGAGAUUAAAAGAAGAAGAGGAAAGAAAAAACAAAUUAGCAGCAUUAGAAGCUGUGAAAGCUGCUAAGAUCGCUGCAAGUACGUUAGUGGUGACAACUGAUGAUACAAGAUCCGUAAAGUUGCCCACGCCAAGUCUUAAGCCACCGACAAGUUUAUCCAUAACUAGUAGACCUCAAUCUUUAAAGGAUAAUAUACCUACGGUGGAUCGUUCAACAAAGCCUACCAUACUUUUGGGUGAUAGUGGCCAAUUACGUGAUAUUGUUUUGCCUAGCAAACUGAUAGAAAAUUUCCUUGCGCUAGCAUUUAGUAACACAACAAAUAAUAAAGAAACAUGUGGCAUACUAACAGGAAAAUUGGAACAAAAUAAAUUGUUGAUCACUCAUUUAUUAAUUCCACAACAAACAGGUUCUCCUGAUUCCUGUUUAACACUCAAUGAAGAGGAUAUUUUUGAUUUUCAAGAUCAUCAUAAUUUGAUUACUCUUGGAUGGAUACAUACGCAUCCUACUCAAACAGCUUUUCUAUCUAGUGUGGAUCUUCACACUCAUUGUUCUUAUCAACUUAUGAUGGCAGAGGCAAUUGCUAUUGUUUGUGCACCCAAAUAUGAUGAGACAGCUUUCUUUAUUUUGACUCCAGAAUAUGGUCUAGAUUAUAUAGCUAAUUGCAGAGAGACCGGUUUUCAUCCUCAUCCAACAGAGCCUGCGCUUUAUAUGAAAGCAAAACAUUGUAAGCUAAAUCCAAAUGCACCUGUGGAAGUAAUAGAUUUAAGAAGAAAAUGACAUCUUUGAACUGUUUAGAAUCAAAUUUAACGUAUACAAAUACGUUUUGAUAAAUUCCUGCAAGAUUACAAAUUGCAUUAUCUUAAAGAUCGUGUGUAUCUAGGUGAUUGAUAUACAGACAGCUUUCAAUGUGAAGAAGUAUUGAACACUGACUUCUUAACUAUCUCUGAAAUAUUAUCGCUCUACUUUGAGCAUUAAAUAUACAAAAUUAAUAGAUAUUUUUCACUGUAAACUAUAAAAUGAAUAUUAUGAAAUUUUAGCCAGUUUAAAAAGUGCAUUUAUAUAUAGAGCAUUAACAAUAAUAUCCAAAUUGAACAAGUAAUAUCUUCAAAUAACUUUGCUGUAGUAAAAAAUGAAUUUAAAUUUUAUAUGAAUAUUGUUCUCUCCGUAUAAAGCUUUAUCUAUAUAUACACAUAAGUUUACUGUGCCUUUGAAAAAAAAAUAAUGGUGUUCAUAGUGCUUCAUAUUAA